AAUUCACUUUUAAGAAAAGUAAUGACUUUUGCAUAUUAAGCAAAUGUUAAUAAGGAACAUUUCAAUAUGGCUAAUUUAAGUUCUUCAAAUGAAACUUCAAGCUGGCUACCAACUUGUGUGCCCAUCUGGAGUCGUUUAAACCGCCGCAAUGCAGCUGGCAAACAGAGAAAUCUGCCACUCAGUAAACUCAACAAGUAUGACAUUGAAAUUGAGGAUCGCUUGUGGUCUGUUUGGGGAAAUCUGCAUCCCGAAGCUCCGGUCUUUGAGCAUCUGUUGCGAGGUCGUCAAUAUCUGGCCAUCAAUGUAAUGGCUUGUUGUGCAGCCAGCGUUUAUAAUCUGAUGGAUUGGAGUGCUCAGCUGCUCGAUACGAUAGUAGUGAGUGGUCAUAAAUACUUUCAGCAGAGCAUCAGAAAUCUGAAGCGUAAGGAUUUCGAGUUCGCUUUAGAGUAUCUGAAUACUAACUGCGCUCUGGAGUCCUUCAAAUUUGUGGUGCACAUCGAACGCGUUUGCUAUGGCAAACUGUAUCGUGUGCCUGCUUUCAAUCGCAUGAAUCUCUCCGAGGCUUUGAUCUACUUCUUCAAUCACUUUCAAUUUGGAAUUGUGAUGGUGCGUAAGCGUGCUUUGGCCAUUGGCUUCUGUCAGGGUCCUUUCGGAGGUUACUUUAUGUUCGAUUGCCAGGAAAAGGAUCAUCCACUAUUCCCCAAGCAACAAGGCGCUUCAUAUUUGCUGCGAACGAGGCAUCUUCAGGUGCUGCUCUAUUGCCUUGUGGUCACCUUGAAUGUGAAGAUGAUGAAUGUUGACUUUAGCAUUCACAAAGUGGAAGUGCUGCGGAGGGGCGAAUAAGAAGUAUUUUUUAGGCUAAAAUAAAAGGAGAACUAGUUUUUA